GCUACUUUCUCUGGGUCUGUGCAAUUUGGCUAAAAACUAGAUCGGGUUGAGAUUCGAUCCCUGGAUGUCAGAGCCUCUUCAAUGGCUAUACAUCUGGAACAUCGUUUCCCCCCACAGGGCACCUCCCGCUAUGGUCUCGCUGCAUUCGGGCAAGAUAGAGUAUCCUAUACCUCUAGGACGGUGUUUGAGACCCUGCCGAGAACCAGUCCCGUAUACCGUGUAAAAAUUCUAGCGCAACUGCACAAUCGCAACAGUACCCUGGGGGUUAGCCGAUUUUGGCGGGGCCGGAAUGAACUCAAUUGGGGUACCGGAAUGCCCUCAAUGGCCCGUGCCCACCACCCCCCUGCCCACCAGGAAUGCGCGAAAGUGAGGGCUUCCCGGCCGGGAAUGACGGUCAGGGCUUCCCGGCCGGGAAUGAUGGUCAGGCAACUUCCAGCGGGAAUGAUGGUCAGGGCGGCAGAGCUGCGUCUGAGGGAUUUUGGAAUAUCGAAGAGUAGUGAUCGCGUAUAUGUUCUGGAAGUCCUAAGCGAUCCGCUAAAGGGACACUAUGCUUGUUCCAUAAGUGUGCAGUAACCUGGGCUCCGUCUGGUGAAAUAGCGUGUCGGCAUUCGGGUCUACAGCAGAUGAGGACAUUGUAUGUUAGGUCGGCGUAAAUCUGUAGGGAUGUCAAGACCGGAUCGGGAUUAUUCUCGCGGUCCGGCGUC